GCGGCCGCGCUCCAGGCCGGUUGCUCCACCCCCCACCCCAACUCCCAGGAGUGUGGACUCCACGACCCUGUCCUCGGUCCUGUCCGCGCGGAAGCAGCCCGGGACUGCGCAGUGCCCCACGUGCCGACAUGGGAAAGUCUCUUUCUCAUUUGCCUUUGCAUUCAAGCAAAGAAGAUGCUUAUGAUGGAGUCACAUCUGAAAAUAUGAGGAAUGGAUUGGUUAAUAGUGAAGUCCAUAAUGAAGACGGAAGAAAUGGAGAUGUCUCUCAGUUUCCAUAUGUGGAAUUUACAGGAAGAGAUAGUGUCACCUGCCCUACUUGUCAGGGAACAGGAAGAAUUCCUAGGGGGCAAGAAAACCAACUGGUGGCAUUGAUUCCAUAUAGUGAUCAGAGAUUAAGGCCAAGAAGAACAAAGCUGUAUGUGAUGGCUUCUGUGUUUGUCUGUCUGCUCCUUUCCGGAUUGGCUGUGUUUUUCCUUUUCCCUCGCUCCAUCGACGUAAAAUACAUUGGUGUAAAAUCAGCAUAUGUUAGUUAUGAUGUUCAGAAACGUACAAUAUAUUUAAAUAUCACAAACACACUAAACAUAACGAACAAUAACUAUUAUUCUGUCGAAGUUGAAAACAUCACUGCCCAAGUUCAAUUUUCAAAAACAGUUAUUGGAAAGGCACGCUUAAACAACAUAACCACUAUUGGUCCACUUGAUAUGAAACAAAUUGAUUACACAGUACCUACUGUUAUAGCAGAGGAAAUGAGUUAUAUGUAUGAUUUCUGUACUCUGAUAUCCAUCAAAGUGCAUAAUAUAGUACUCAUGAUGCAAGUUACUGUGACAACAACAUACUUUGGCCACUCUGAACAGAUAUCCCAGGAGAGGUAUCAGUAUGUCGACUGUGGAAGAAACACAACUUAUCAGUUGGGGCAGUCUGAGUAUUUAAAUGUACUUCAGCCACAACAGUAAAAACUGUAAGAGAUGGAUUUAAAGAAGAAAUAUCUAUUGAUAUUUCCUAUACUCUCAAUGAAGAGAUAUUUCCUAAUAGGAGAUCUUAAAUUGAACAAACCUAAAGUUUACACUUCUAUUUUAAGAGUACAGUUAAAAAUAUGUGGACCUUCAGUUCUUGUAACUCUCCACUCUGUGUUAAUGAUGUAUUUGUACAAGGAUCUUUUACUUGAAUCUGAAGUUACUGGUUGAUUUCCUUCUGCAGCCUAUCCCCUACAGGGAAAAGCUGAGACUUCUCCUAUAGGACAAUAGUUAUUUAAAAGUCAUAGCUGAAGUCACUACUGAAAACAUAAUUUUGGUGAUGAACAUAAUUUGAGAAACUUAAUUUCUGAAUGUUUUUAUAGAAAAUUAUUAAAAGUCUAUUAUUCAUGGAAGACUUUUAAAGAAUAACCUUUUUUCCUGUUUUAUAAAUUCCCAUUGUUAUAUGGUAGUAUUUCAGCUACAAAAUAUUUUAGCUUUUAGCUAAAGAUUUAUAGCUUUUCAUUUGUUGAAGCUAAUCAUCUGCAUGUUUUGUGACUUAUUUCAAGUUAGUGAUUGCCUAACACUUAUAAGCCAAAAUAAUUUUUGCAAAAUUCCACACCUAAAAUUUUUCACACAUUUUUCUGUAUUACAGUGUUGUGAAAUCUGUAUGUGAUCUUCAGACAUUAUCAUUUAAUGUACAAUACUGUAAAUAAACUGUGCAUGGCUUUCGUACAGCUUUAGUAAAUGUCAAAUAAAGUGGUACAGAUUUAUUAAAACAAGUUUCUCAUAAAAAUAUAAUAAAUAGGAAAAUAAAAUUCAGAAACCCACAGAAUGGGAAUAGGUUCCAAUUACAUGUUGGAUCUGGCAUGUAAAAUAAAUUUGAAAUCAAAUGUUUUGAUGCUCCAUUUUUUUAUGUUGCUUUUCAUACUAAAGAAUGGUGUAGACAUGUUUUACAACUGUUAGGUACCCAGUUAUCAAUUUUAUGACUGUUUCAGAUGAGGAAAUUAUUUCUUUUGACAGAAAUUGUUCAAGAAAUCCUGUCAUUAAAUGAUGCUGGCUAUAUCAAAAUAAAGCCUAUUUAGAAACCUAAUCACUUUCCACAUCAUUUGGAAUAUGAUGCCUCUAGUAGUUACUUUUUUAUAGUUUUCUACUUUUGGUUUUGAUUUUAUUUAAAAUUGUUUUCAAAUAUAGAUUAUUGACUUCAGCGUUUUAUAUUUUCAGUAUCAUUUUUCUUUCUUUUUUUUUUUUGUCUUUUUACUUACCAAGUUCUAGGGACAUUUAAAAUAUAUAUCACUAAGUGUAAGAGUGAUUAUGAUACCAAAAAUGUAGGUGGGUGUAGAUUAAUUUCUUUCUAUUUUCUAGUAAUAGAAAUCAGGUUUCCCUUUCCCCAUCCCUAAGUGCCUAACUUAGGUCUGAAACAGCCUGUUUAUCAGUCUGACUCUCUCAACCAUAAAACGUAGCUGCAUUUGUUUAAUUCUGCCUUUAAACACAUUCGUGUUUCCCCUUAUUUGUCAUAUUAUUUUCUCCAACUUUUCCUGAGUGAAUCUUAAAUGAGUCAAAUGUGUGUGUGGGUGUGUUUUUUUAACUAAUCUUUCCUUAAUUCAUUGCUACCUCAAACCAUUCUUACUAUUAAACCCAAAUCAAUUAUUUAAGUUCAUUAUGACCUUUCUAGUAAAAGAAAAAAAAUCGUUUUCAUUUUUCUUCUAUGUUUUCUGACUACAAUUUUCAUUAAUACUGCAUACUUCUCUGAUACAUUGAUUGUAUUUUUUAUAUCUUUCUCAUUUUCUCAUUUUGACAUGAUCUAUGUCUAUGUAUAAUGUAGGUCCCAUUUUGUCUCAAAAUUUUUUAUUAUGUGACUUCAAAAAUCACCUGUAUCCAUAGUAGGGCUUCCAAAUUUGCUUUCCUAUAUGUGAACAGUCAUCUGUCUGCUUUCACAUUUAUCUAGUUAACUACAAUUUUACUAAAAUGAGUAAAUUUACACAUUUAGUGACUGGGUAAAUUAAAAAAAAAUGUUAAAGACAUUUUAUCAUAUCCUUUCUAUUAGGUGCCCACCCUGUCCUCAUGUCCCAUUUACUUCAUUAUCACCAUUCAUUUCUCCAGAAUUAUCUUUUAGAUAUGCUCAUAUAUAAAUCACUCCUUGUUUUCUUGCUUGUGUCUUUUAACCUUGGAAAACUACAUUGUGUAAAUUAAACAGAUUUUUCUCAUGAUCUGAGCUUCUUAGAUCUUAUUAGAAUACAUACUCAGUUAUCUCCUGAAAAGGAUGGAAAGUAGAAGAAACAUUUGCUUUUAGUCACUUAGGUUUGAAUCUUUUUUCUUCAUCUUUUGAGUUAAAAUUUUUAAACUGCAUCUAGUUUCAGUGGAGUUUGAGUCAAAAAAAAAAAGAAUUUGAAACAAGUAAAAAGGUAGAAGAGAAAUAUAAGAUGGCAUGUGACUACUUUCAGAGAGAGUUAAGUAACUGUCAGAAUAAGUCUGGAACAAAACAGGUUGUAAAUUAAUAGAACUAUAAAUACACAUUCAGGUGAAGCAUACGUAUAGCCAUAAAAAAUCUAGAAAGAGUGAGUAAGGCUUUUAGCUUUUCGUUGGUCAAUGUCCAAUGUGCUUUCUUCCAAGGGAAUAGGAUAGGUAUCAGUAAACUUUCUAACCUGCUCUCAGACCUUAUUUAGAGGACACAACAAAGGUAUGUUACAGAAAUUUUUCUGAUACUUCCUGGACCAACUUUUUUUUAAACUAUACCCUAGUAGACUAGUCAUUCUAAUAAAAUUGAAUACUCUGGCAAACAUCUGUAUGUUGAUAGCAUGUUGGCCCUUUUUAGAGUCCUUUCCUAUGUUUUUAUGAUUUUCCACAGUCCCAUGAGUCAAACAAAGUAGGGUGAUUGGCUUCUUAUUUUUUAUAAAAGGAAGUAAAGGCAUGAAGAAUUUGAAGGACUGGCGGAAGAUCACAUACUUAGUAAGUAGUAUAAUUGGAGCCAGACCUAGUUUCUCUGUCUCCCAUAUCUGUGUUCUAUCAUUUAAAAUAUAUAUUGGAAAUCCCUGCUGACUCAGAUUGUUAUGAUUAAAAAUUAGAGGAAAAGUUCAAAUACUAUUGACAAUAAUACUGAUACUGCUGGGCUAAGAUUUUGGUAGCAUUAAGUUGCUUUCUAAAAUAUUUUAAAUGGAGAAAGAACACUUGUAAAAUGCUUUGGAAUAUAAUCUGUAGCUUAAUUUUCUGUUAAAAUUUAGUGCCUCUUCAUCAUUCCAAUAAAGACUGAUCCAUUGUCUGAGGAAAUUAUUUGUGAAUAAUAGAGAUUAAUGUAUUUGAGAUAUGAAAUAAGAAUAGUAUAAAAAUGUUAGAUACCACAUAAAUUGCUUGAAAUUACUAAACCAUCUUUAUUAUGGAACAUGUAAAUGACUGUAUUUAUUUGUGUACAGUUUUUCUGUGCCUUUUUUGUUUAGACCAAUGAAGCAAUUAUUUUCUCUGAAAGUAUCAUGACAGUAAAAUAUAGCACACUUCAGAUUGUCUGAUUUACAGUUUGGAAAGAACAUUGCAAUGUUCAAACUGGUAAGGGAUGACCAUCAAAAACACAAUUAAAGUAACAUAUAGGAGACUUGAAACUUUUGCCUAAUCCUUUAUGGUUCUUAGCCUUAUUAGUGUGAUAUAAUUCUAGAUAUUUUCUUGCAGGACAUUUGCCCAACUCUCCCCAACUCCAUUUUGUUUGUCUUUUAAAGCUCUUAGAAUAAACAGUUCUUUAUAUAAUAGUUAUAUUUUAAGAAAAUAGGUACUUUUUAAAAGAUGUAAAAUUUUAAAUUUACAAAUACAUAUGCGUCUUUGACAAGCAAUAUGAAUUGAAUUUCAAGUUAUUAGGGUUGUAAGCAAGAUUUUUAGCUCACAUCUGGAAGCAGCAACUACUUGGUUCAAGUACAUAUAACAGUAAUUAGUUUUAUUUCUUCUCCCUUUUUUAUAAAAUCAGGUUUCAGGUGAGAUGCUUAUCUUAGACUACUUUGUUUUAGGAAAAAUUUUACAUAUUUGAGAUGGUGGAGUAAAAAGACUGCUAAACAUUUCUUUUAAAAAAUUAUUUUUACAUUACAACAAUAUAUUUAUGGUGAAUUUACAUCAAAAAUUUAACUUCUGUAUCUCAGAUCUACUUAUUUUAAAGUGAAAAUUUCAUUUGUCAGCUGAAAUUUGUAACUAGAACUAACAUUUGUGUAUUUUUGUGCUGAGUCAGAAUACAGAUUUCACAGUGGAUUUUUGAAGUUUGACCUUAAAUUGGAUAAAAUCAAGUGAUCAGUUACUAAAGAGAUAAAAAUGGUAAUUUCCAUUUUUAAAACUAAUUUGUGUUUGUAAUUCUUUAUCAAGUGUUUAUCACAGACUCUAAAUUGAAAAAUAUCGUAUGAUCUAUAUUUGACCAUAAAAGUGUUCCAUAAAUUAAUUUAACAAAUAUAUGGCAAAUCUUUCAUAACUAACUCUAAGUCUUCUAAAAGGGAGCCAUUACCUUCUGUUUAAUUACAUUAAUUGAAAUGUGUUUAAGUGAUAUGAUUUCAGCAUACUUUGUAUAUUAAAAAAAAAGGAUUCGUAUUGGGCCAAUGGCCAAAAGGUAAUAUUACUACCAUGUAGACUGUUAUAGUUCAAAUUGUCCCACUUCCCCCAGAAUUUUAGAAACUAGAAGUCUGGGAGAUACUAUAUCAGCUGUAGUUGGAUAAUUCCAAGUGCUGAUCGUACUAUUCCUCUUUUUUAUUAUUGUGUCAGAUGAAACAAAUGCCAGGUUCCAAAAGAUGCAGAUUUUUAUCAUAUAAUGAUUUUAGGCAUAAAUUAUCAACAAGCCAUGCCUUGUAUGUUUUGUCUUGUAUUUAUCUUUAGAACUAAACUAUGAACGAGUUUCGAAAAUGAUUUGACAUGCUUGCACACUUGAUCUACUUGGUCAGAUAUUUGAAUGAUGGUAUUACCUAGAUUUUAAUCUUUGAUUCUAAUUAUAUAAUAAAUAUAACACAGAAUGUGAAAAUAGGUUUGGGCACUUACUGUUUAUACUAUAUAGUGGCCUCCAUCAUGACACACUUACUACAUUUAUGAAUUGAGCAGUUCUGUAAUUGUAAUUAUUUUGCUGUUCAUGUAACAAAACAUGCUUAUGAUAGUAGCAAACAAAUAGAAAUGUCCCCAAAAUGCUAUUUUUUUAAUUGAGUUGUAACUGUUACUCUUGUAAUUGUGUAUGACACAAUAAAAUUUGUAAAAAAAAAUUUAGCAUGAAAAAUAAAAUUUGUAUCACUCAUGUA